AUGGACGAUUCUAAUGACAUAUUUAUUUUCAUUGAUAAUUACAUUGCGAAGGGUGAAUACAUUUGCCAGUAUUGCUCCAAUGAAGGGAUGGAUGGGCAAACACCAGAAGCAUUAGAACAGGCUCUUGAUAAACUAUUGCAAGAAGUUGUCUCUAGAAAGUUGUCCUUAGAAAGUUGUCCCUAA